AUGGCCGGGCCAAGCCCCGGGCCUCACAAGAUCCUGGCCCCCUCUCCUGAGGCUGGACACAGAACAGCCACCUCCAGCCGCCGUGGCUUCCUGUGGCGCCUACGGGACAAGCAGUGUCGCCUGGGCCUGUUUGAGAUUGACCCGGGACAUGAGCUGCACAGGUUGACAUGUAUGAUGCAGGCAGGACUGUGGGCUGCCACACAGGUCUCCAUCGACCACCCACCCACGGGCUCACCCACCCAGGAGGAUUUCUCUGAAGUCAUGACCCAGGUUCAUGAGGAGGGCUUCGAGCUGGGCACCCUGGCCGGCCCGGCCUUCGCGCGGCUGCGGCGCUCCCUGGGCCUGGUGGAGGAGGACUACCAGGCUGCGCUGGGCCCCGGUGGCCCCUACCUCCAGUUCCUCAGCACCUCUAAGAGCAAGGCCAGCUUCUUUCUGUCCCACGACCAGCGCUUCUUCCUGAAGACCCAGCAGCGCCAGGAGGUACAGGUGCUGCUCGCCCACCUGCCCCGCUACGUACAGCACCUGGAGCGGCACCCGCACUCUCUGCUCGCCCGGUUGCUGGGAGUGCACAGUCUGCGGGUGGCCCAGGGAAAGAAGAAGUACUUCAUCAUCAUGCAGAGCGUCUUCUACCCCACCGGCCGCAUCUCUGAGAGGUAUGACAUCAAGGGCUGCGAGGUGAGCCGCUGGGUGGAGCCCGCCCCUGAGGGAAGCCCUCUUGUUCUCGUGCUGAAGGACCUCAACUUUCAGGGCAAGACCAUCAACCUGGGGUCCCAGAGGAGCUGGCUGCUCCGCCAGAUAGAACUGGACACCACCUUCCUGCGGGAGCUCAAUGUUCUGGACUACAGCCUCCUGAUGGCCUUCCAGCAUCUCCAUGAUGAUGAGCGGGGCCAGGGCAGCAGCCUCAUCUUCUGCACGGCUAGAUCUAUGCACGGGGUGCAGAGCCCUGAAGAUCCGGGAGCCCAGAACCGUCGGCUGCUGCCUGAUUCCCCCAAUGCCCUCCACAUCCUGGAUGGGCCCGAGCAACGCUAUUUCCUGGGCCUGGUGGAUCUCUCCACAGUCUAUGGGCUCCGCAAGCGGCUGGAACACUUGUGGAAGACACUGCGUUACCCAGGCAGGUCCUUCUCCACUGUCAGUCCAGCUUGCUAUGCCCGUCGCCUGUGCCAGUGGGUGGAAACACACACCGAGUGA